GCUGGAACAAGGCAUCUCUCUCGGUGGACGCAUCGGAGGAGAACGACGGCUACUCCAGCAGCGAGGACCCCAUGAACUCUGACACCGAGGACGAAGUUGUGAGGAAGCUGGCUCCGGGAAGGUACACGGUGGUGGCAGACUGCGAGAAGGCGGGUCCUCAGGAGCUGUCUGUCAAGAGUGGAGACGUGGUCCAGCUGAUCAGAGAAGGAGAGGAGGGACAAUGGUUUGUGAAGAACCUCUGCAGCGGUAAAGACGGCUGGGUGGCGGCAGCAAACCUCCUCAGCCUCAUCUCAGAGUCCAAAUCCUCGCAGUCGCUCAGCAGCUCAGAUGGAAGCGUCUCCGGGAACCUCAGCACAUCCUCCAGCUGCAGCGAGACCUACACCAGCUUCUCUGACAUCAAACCCUGACCUGAUUCCACCAUCCCAUCUCUGUUCCGUAACCAUUUCCUGGCGGGGGGCAAGUCAAGACGUGAUGCCUCAACCUCCUGUCAAACCUGCUUUAAAAAUCCCAAAAAGGCCUAUUUGGCCUUAACUUACUGAACACGGGUUYGGUGCCAUAUUGUGAAUAUGUAGCAUCUAAAACAUGCAGUUCGACAACUAUCUGCACUAGAUUCAACACCGCCGGUGUCCGCUCGGUCCGCUUUGAGUCGAGGCCAUGGUAGCACAGCGAUAGAGUCUCCUUUGGAGCUUGCACAGAUCCCAUCAAACAGGUAUUCCACACAAUAAAAUGGUUUAGUGUCAGACGUCGAUCAUGCACUGUGAGAAACGGCUGCAGCUAGAACAAUGAGCCAGUUGUAACCUGUUUUUUUUUUGUUGUUGUUGUUUCUGGGGACACGUAUGGAGCAGCAUGUGGCAGACCAGCUGCGACACAACAAUUCUAUUUAUUUAUGUUUAAAAAAAAUCUGAUAAACUAUAAGGUUAUGGAGGUUACAUGUUUCAGUUUAAACAAAAAACGGGCAGCUUGGACAUCUAUUUAAUUUUUUUUUCUUUUUCUUUUUUUACUUCUGAACUGCAGUAGCCUCUCAGGAAACCCCAGAAGUUGAAUAGUCAGGCAGGUGUGACUGCAUACCUGUACAUGUCAACGCUUUGUGUCCACAUUCCUGCCAGUGUGUGUGUGUGUGUGUGUGUGUGUGUGUGUGUGUGUGUGUGUGUGGUUCAGAACAAACUCAUUACACAAAUCGUUUUCAUCAUCGUAUAAAGGCAGCUUUUGUGCAACAGUAACUCUUCCAACUCGACCCUCCCCAAAUUAGUCCUUUGGUUUGUUUGUUUUGGUGUCAUUGUUCUCACCUAUAUUUGCACAAAGGAAAGCUUUGUCCUCGUCCUCGGCUCCCAGCCCCUUUCAGGCAUGUGACAGCAGCCACCUUUAUUGCAACCCUGCGCAACGUGUUUGCACCUAAAGCCCCGAGAGCCACACUUGUAGCCGAUCACAAUCGAGUAUCUGUGUGUGUGUGUGUGUGUGUGUGUGUGUGUGUGUGUUUGUGUGAGAGAGAGAGAGACUCAGAAAGGAACCUGUGCUGUACGAACACUGAAUGACACUUUUUUAUAUCCUGGGAUUUUCUACUGUAUGCACAAGGCGCUGCAAAUCACUAUUUCCUCCCUUUUUUAUUAGCAGGAAAGUGCUGCUGAGCUAAUACCAACCCCACCCACUUUAUGACUUGGAACGUGCUCAGCAACUCAACCUGAGCCGGUUUAAAUCGAACCUUGUUCGGCUACCUGCCCGUGGAAGUGAGGCGAGCCGGAAACCAGAGAUCGCAGGCCGUUCUGCGUCAAACUGUGCGGAUAAAUGUCACCUCUUUACCUCAUGCCAUUUUCCUCAAGGGUGUCGUGGUUGUCAUGUUUAAACCUCCCGAAUGAGUCAAAUAUAUAUAUUUUUAACUCUGUGUUAUUAUGGGACGAGAAUUUAUUUUUUGCCCUUGAAAAAAGGCUGACACGGGCACUAAACUUGUCAACGUUUUCGAUCGUGGUGACACAAAAUCUGAGUUCUUUGUACUUUUUUUUUUGACACCAAGACUGGAGAGAUUGUGAAAGGGUUCUAUUUUUUUAAAGUUUCUUUUUAUGCAGCACAUUGCAGCGACCACUGUCUUUAUUUUCUUAUCGUAUAUCUACUGAGUAUGAUGGUGAAAUGUUAAUAUUAGACAUACAUGUACAUUUGUAAAUAUGUAUUCUGACUUGUAUGUAAAAAUGAAAGCAACUUUAAUAAAGAUGGUUUCCUCUAUGGGA